CUUCAUCAAUUGAGAAAACACUUGAAUCAAUAUGAGUGACAUUUCCAGUGUUCAACUACACGUCAGUGUCAAGGUAAUUGAGCGAGUAGUCUCAUAGACCCUAAUAUUGCAAAGGAGGUGAACUGUACUUUCUGGGAUCACAUUAAACAUUUGUUUACGGCUUGAGAGAGCAAACAGGUGUACUGUUAUGCAAUUCCUCUCAUUGUCAGUCUAUUAAUCCAGAGCAAAUAUGAUCGUCAAAAGUUUAAAAAGGAUUGGGCGAUCAGAGACACGACACAACUUCUAUCAUUCGAGAUCAAUACAUCAAUUAUUAAUAACAGUUGUUUUUCAACUACUCCUGCUCUCGACCACCGUGAAAGUAGACGCCACCGUCUGGAAUUCUUUCAAUGCAAAAUUUUAUGGUCCGGGAGACGUUUUGAAGACGAAAAACGGGCGACUCCUGGCGGCCAUCAGCAGGGAUGAAGUCGUGAUGGCCACUCUUCAUGGCAAAAAAAACAUCGAAAUCUUCAUCGCGACACAUGAUAAAUCACGAGCCAAGGUAGCCAUAGUUCCGGCAAAAUUGAAGCCCGGGUGGUCGCCCGCGAAACGGAUAGCUUUAGGAAAAAGACUCGCCGGGAGACUUUAUCUGUACGGCAUGAUAUCGUGCACCGAAAACGACUACAUGAAGUACAUAAUAUCCGGAAAACUGAACAAGCCAAUCACCAACCCAGCUUGUCCACUCAGAAGGGAUCUGACGCGGGUGUCUAUCGAAGAAAUUAACUCGGAAUGUUUUUGGCUAGAAAGCAAAGGUGGGCAGCACAUAGUGAAUGAGCUGCCUGAAGCAGACGCAGACCUAGUAAAAGAAACAAUAUUUUUAAAACAUUAUUAAAAUGUUGAAUCGAUAUUUUCGCAGAAUACUUUGGUAAUAUUUCAAAAAUAUUUUUAAAAUAUGAGAAUGUGAAUCCCAAGAUAUUUUUAUAAUAAAUCCUUAUAUUUUUAAAA